UAAUCAACCGCUCCAAUGCAGUGACAAGUGGAUGGUUUGACACACCAGUUGAUGUACCAGCAAAAAACGUAUUAAGUAUUGAAACCAGUAGAAAAAGCUCUCAUUAUAUCCCAGACAAAGAAUCAGAAAUAUAAUGAUGAUGACGACACAUAUCAAAGAGAUGAUCAAGAUGACACUUAUCAAAAUGAGAAUGAAGAUGCAGAUGAUACCGAUGAUGAUGAUGAUGAUGAGGACGAUGAAGACAGCGGCUCAACAAAUUGGAAUGAUGACGAGAGUGGGUCGUUACCUGGAGACAUCCAUCACAAUUAUGAGGACACAUAUCCAGUUGAUUACGGCGAAGAAGAAGAAGAAAGCGAACCUCCAGCUCCACCUCCCCCACCUCCUAACGAUAAYGAUGGCACUGGCUUUCAAAAGACAGAAUGGAUGAAUGAUGACGCGAAAUCCAAUGAAAGAUUUAGGCCAUUGACCCCUCAAGCUCCCGAAGAUCAAUGUGCAGGCAAAAAAGGAUGGGUAUCCGGGGUAUUCAAAGCUUUGAAAAUUGGCKCCAAGGUCAUCAACUAUGGAACAACAAUUSYAUCUCUAGCCGCUWCUGUCUACAAGGCCAUAGAGGGCUGCAAAGGGACAUACCCUGAAGCCGAGACCUAUUUGAAUAAAUUCAAUGCACAAAAAAAAGAAGUUGAAAAAAUCAGCAAGGAGGCCGAUGACAUACAGUAUGAAGCUCAACUUGACCAGACCUACAUUGAAGAUUCCGCCGAUCUCUUCAGYAGAAUCCUUUGCAAGCUGAAUGAAAUCGACACAGAUAGUGAAACUCURCUGCAAACGAUCAGUCCAGAAGUGCGAAUUGCAAGCUUGAACGCCAGCAAGGAAAUUACGAAAUUGGUCGAGCAGAAAAAUAGGACGAUGGAAAAAGUUCAAUAUCUUGAAGUUGAGGGACUGUUYAACUCCAGRCUAGAGAAUGCUCUGUCCAUUGGCUUCUCAGCCCUUGCAUUGGCAAUUCCUGCUGGUAUCGACAUAUUCAAGUUCUCAAAGAAACGAUAUAGAGARCGAAAAAUGGGCUUUUAUGAAGUCAAUACUGGCGUGGAUUUUGAAGCUCCAAAGACUGGAUUAGCUGCGAAGCUCAAGGAGACAAGAUUCGGACAAUGGAUCGGRCGAACUCAGGCCAGAUUCAAGACCAAAAUAAUUAAGUUGAAAAGGAGAUUCAACAUUAGAUUUACCAAMAUCAAAAAAUUCGCUAMAAGGUUUAAGGCCGGACUUGGUAUUGGGCUGAACUUAGCCWUGGCAGGUAAAGGUCGGAGUGUGUAUGGCGCGCUUGGUGAUUUGUUUAUUGACUUUAUUMUUAUUUCAUGA